GGCGCACGGGGCGCGUCACUCCCCCCGCGCCGGCUACGUUGCGGGAAGGGAAGUUGGCCGGGCCGCUGCUGGGCUCGCUUGCUGGGCGGAGGCGGCGGGUUAGGCUGGCCCGGGGUGGGGGCCGCAGCGGGGUUCCAGGAAGAUGUUACCGAGUACUUCAGUGAAUUCCCCAGCGCAUGGGAACGGAGCGCUGAGUUCCCGGGAUGCAGCAAGACACACAGCUGGGGCGAAGCGCUACAAAUACCUGAGAAGGCUUUUUCGCUUUCGGCAGAUGGACUUUGAGUUCGCUGCCUGGCAGAUGCUCUACCUGUUCACGUCCCCACAGAGGGUUUAUAGAAACUUUCAUUAUCGAAAGCAGACAAAGGAUCAGUGGGCCAGAGAUGACCCUGCUUUCCUGGUCCUGUUAAGUAUCUGGCUCUGUGUGUCCACUAUAGGAUUUGGCUUUGUGCUGGACAUGGGCUUCUUUGAAACAAUCAAGCUGCUUCUUUGGGUUGUAUUCAUAGAUUGUGUAGGCGUGGGUCUUCUCAUAUCAACUUUAAUGUGGUUUAUCUCUAACAAGUAUUUAGUGAAACGGCAAAGCAGAGACUACGAUGUGGAGUGGGGCUAUGCCUUCGAUGUGCAUCUGAAUGCUUUUUAUCCUCUCCUAGUCAUUCUGCAUUUUAUCCAGCUUUUUUUCAUUAACCAUGUUAUCCUAACAGACACAUUUAUUGGAUAUUUAGUUGGAAAUACCUUAUGGUUGGUUGCAGUUGGCUAUUAUAUCUAUGUAACCUUCCUAGGAUACAGUGCAUUGCCAUUUUUGAAAAAUACAGUCAUUCUUCUCUACCCAUUUGCACCUCUCAUUCUCCUGUAUGGACUGUCACUAGCGCUAGGAUGGAACUUCACCCACACGCUGUGCUCCUUCUACAAGUACAGGGUGAAAUGAAGAGAAGUGAGAGUAUUCCAUCGUGACCGUGUCUGCAGUAUUGGCGAUGAUGACGUCUUACGAAACUUGUAAAUAAACUAUCAUUGUAGAUAUCUUAAAGGUGUAAAGUUUGCAAACUGGAGGAAAUAUAUAGGUUAACACUCUUGUUGAGUACAUUCCUUAAAACUAAUUAAAUGUACAUUUCUAUAAUAAAUAUUUUUUAAACUAAA